AUGGGAGAGCUUGACAGUAUCAUACGGAUCGCCCAAGAUCGUGUAUUUGUCAACUACCGUUCCGAUGUUGCUGAUUCCGUCGCCGAGUCAAGAAGCCAAGGGGACCACCAAAGCAUCAAUCCAGAACACCUCCACACAGGUGGAACUGCACAGACCGAACAAUCACGUACUGCUCAGCCAACCGCACAUGUUGCUGUCAGAGACGGAAUAACCAACACUUGGACGGAGACUGGUCACACCUCGUCAGGCACACCAUCACCAUCGCACAAGGAGUCCACCAAGGCUAAUAUCUUGGCCACCUCAGCUACAUAUACCCAAAAUGAGAUUGAUUAUGAGGACUUCAUCCACGUAUCAAGUAAUGUAGGUUUACCUCAACCAGUGGAAAGAGUAUCUAGGCAUCCAGAAUUGGAAUGGGCAGGUGCUGGCGGAUCAGUGUACUCUGCUGGCAACGUCGAGCUUGACGACUUUUACGCUGGAGAUUUCCCAGAGUUUGACUUCAGUGCCAUCGAUGAUACUGGACUCUCACAGGGAGUCUGA